AUGUGGUCUCAAAAAACAACCAAACAGACAAACAAAAUUAAAUUAAAAAAAUUAAAGCAGCCUUUUCCAGCGGUGACGACCUACGCAGGAGAACAUGCCUCUACAAAGGAUCUCCUUCAUCCGUCUCCGGAAGAGGAGAAAAGGAAACACAAGAAGAAACGCCUGGUGCAGAGCCCCAAUUCCUACUUCAUGGAUGUGAAAUGCCCAGGAUGCUAUAAAAUCACCACGGUCUUCAGCCAUGCACAAACGGUAGUUUUGUGUGUUGGUUGCUCCACUGUCCUCUGCCAGCCUACAGGAGGAAAAGCAAGGCUUACAGAAGGAUGUUCUUUCAGGAGGAAGCAGCACUAAAAGCACUCUGAAUCAGGAUGAGUGGGAAACUAUCUCAAUAAACACAUUUUGGAU